ACUUGGUUACCGCCACCUGUUGGAGUGGAGUCAUUUUUUUGUGUUCUUUAUGACCAAGAAAUGUUCGAUUAUUAUCAUUAUUGUCACACUUCCACUACUACGUCACUUUUUACUUGCAUUAACUAGGAGACAAAAUCGGUGUUGUGUGUGAUAGUUUCCCACUACCUAAACCUGAACCAAACCUUUUACACAGCAUGGUUUAUGGCAACAUCUCAAUACACAGGUUGAGUUCGGCGCAGACUCCUCCAGUCCAGUGGUGGCGCUUGACCAAUGCAUCGCAAACCACAGAGCCGACGAUGUCAAAAUAGGCAGAAGAAGAAACAGUUAGCAAUGGCGGUGAUUUGGCUGCGAAAAUAAACAAUCCAUCUUGUAAUUUCAUGCUGACGUGAUUAUCGUAUCAAGCCUAAUGCCAUAGCUAGCUAGUCGUCUAAGGUUUAUGUGUCGCAGAAAGGACAUAACUUUCUCUCUGUUUGUGUCAUUUGAAGGAGUCACACCGGUGUGAUACACAGUUAGCAGGGGCUGAACGAGCAGCCAUCAUCUCAUUGUGUAGCACUGUAUUAACGUUCAUUUAUUUGUACCCUGGCGUCGUUUUCUGACUGUUAACGAUGCCGCUGGGUUUGAAACCAUGCUGUGCUGUCUGCAAGACCAACUCUUCCUCGAUGUGGAAGAAAGGAAACCAGGGAGAGAUCCUCUGCAACAACUGCACAGGAAAGAGCAGCAGCUGCGGAGCAUCAGGGCCCUCCAUGUCCUCCAACACUCAGCCCAGCAAUGGCGGGGGAAAGCAGUCCAAGCAGGAGAUCCACAGGAGGUCUGCACGGCUGAGAAGCACCAAGUACAAAGCUCCGGCAUCUGAGAAGAAGGUGUCAACAAAAGGAAAGGGAAGAAGACACAUAUUCAAACUCAAAAAUCCAAUCAAAGCACCAGAAUCUGUUGCAACAAUUAUCACAUCCGAAUCAGUAUUUUAUAAGGGUGUAUACUACCAGACAGGAGAUGUGAUCAAGGUAACCGAUGAGGAAGACGGGAAGUCUUACUAUGCCCAGAUUCGAGGCUUCGUGCAGGACCAGUACUGUGAAAAGAGUGCUGCACUGACCUGGUUAAUCCCCACACAGGCUAGCCCAAAGGACCAGUUCGAUCCUGGGACAUACAUUGUUGGUCCAGAAGAAGAUCUGCCCAGAAAGAUGGAGUACCUGGAGUUUGUGUGUCACGCCCCCUCUGAAUAUUUCAAGUCGCAGAGCUCUCCGUUCCCCACCAUCCCCAUCCGACCAGAAAAAGGCUACAUCUGGACCCACAUAGGACCCACUCCAGCCCUCACCGUUAAAGAGUCUGUCAGUGGCAGCAGUUAAAAAAAACUGUGAGAUGGACUUGGUCUGUUGCUUUUUAAACAGACGUAUGUACAUUUAUGUAAUAUAAAGAAGAAAAAAAAAUGGUUAACCUCAGCCAUUACUUCAGAUUGAAGGCGAGUUGUAAGUAGAUACAAAGGAAACCAGGAAACUCCCUUUCAAACAAGAUGUUAACAUAAUACUUUUGUAUUUAGUUAUACACAAAAAAAGCUCUUUUCCACCAU